AUGGCCGGCGUCGCCAGCGAGCACCACCGCUCCAUCGGCGCGUUCAACCCGGCGUGGUGCCUCCGUCCUCCAGUCAGCGGCGGGGACCUCGCCCGGCGGUGGGCCGACGGCCCCUCCUCCUCCCUCUCUCUCUCAUCUCCUGCAUCCUCCCUCUCGUGGAGGCCCUCCGCCUCCCGUCGUCGCCGCCCCUCCGCCAACGCAGAGCCUCUCUCCCCCCGCGUUGGUUGCAUGGGCCAGAUCAGAGGCUACAAGGCUUUCUCCUCCUCCUCCGCCGGCGGCGGCAGCCCCUUGGGGAUGCUCCGGCUCGUGGCGCUGAGGAAGGUCUUCUCCGGGAGGAACGUCCUCUCCAUGGCGACACCGCGAGCCCUAUGCCGCCGGCAGAAGCCCCCCCCCCUCCGCUGCUCCGUCGCCCCCACCGGCGUGUGCCUCACCCAGCUGGAUCCUCCUCUCCCGGUGGUGAAGCGGCCCUCCGAGUGCGGCGCCGUCUGCAUAUGGAAGCGUCGGCGCUGCGGCGAGGUCCUGCCGCUGGAGGCCCCUCACAAGCAGGCGGCGCCGCCGUGCGUCUACCGCAUCGCCGCCUAA